AUGAGGAAGCCGACGACGAGGAGCCUCAGCAAGCACGGCAGCUGCGGCGGCGGUAAUAGUAAGGCGGCCACGCUACCGGCGAAGCAGAAGGUCGUCGUGUCCGGCCACCGUUGCGUCGUCGUCGACGCGUUUGACUGCCUCCCCGACGACCUCGUGCUGGCCGUGUUAGCCGGGCUCGCGGUGCGCGCCGGGUGCCCCGCCGACCUCGCUGCGGCGGCGCUACCGUGCAGGAGGUUCCGGGACCUUGCGGCGCACCCCGCCGUGCUGUCGCGUGCGUCGGCGGCGGCCGUCGCCGUGCCUGCGGGGAGGUGGUCGGAUGCGGCGCACCGGUUCUUGCGGCGGUGCGCAGCCGCCGGCAACCUCCACGCCUGCUACUUCCUCGGCAUGGUGAGGUUCUACUGCAUCGGGAGCAGGGCGACGGGAGCGGCGCUACUGGCGGCGCGCGGCGGCAGGCGGGCACGGGGCGGCGCUGUACGCGCUCGCCGUGGUGCAGUUCAACGGCAGCGGCGGCGACAAGGCGGACAAGGACCCGCGCGCGGGGUGGCGCUGUGCGCGCGCGCCGCAUGGCUCGGCCACGUCCCGGCGCUCCGCGAGCUCGGCCACUGCCUCCAGGACGGCUACGGCGCGCGCCGCGACGCCGCGGCCGGACGCCACUUCCUGCUCCAUGCCGCCGCGCGCGAGCUCGUCUCCUCCUCGCCGCACCGCCGACGAAACGGCGAAGAAGAAGAAGACGCUGCCAGUAGGUUCAUGGUGGAGUGGUGGGCGCUGGAUGACGCCAAGACAGGAGGAGGAGAAGGCGACGGCAGCGACGCCGACGCCGACGUGCGCCUGUGCUCGCACACCCGCGGUGCGGGCGGCGGGAGACGCGGCGGCACGAGUUCCGGCGGUGCUCCGCGUGCGGGUCCGCCAUCUACUGCUCGCGUGCGUGCCAGGCGCUGGAUUGGAAGCGCGUGCACCGUGGCCAGUGCGCGGCCGCCGCUAGCCGGUGGUGGCUCGCCGCCGCCGGGAACGCGCAGUGAACGUGUACGCCGGCCGGCUGUUCCAGGCAACGCGAACGUCGCGCAUGUACAUAGCUUGUGA